AUGGUGUGGUCGGCGAUGACAAUGCGCGGCGCCUGCGCCGCCGCGCUGCUCGUGCUGGUGGCGCUCGCCGCCGGGGCGCGCGCGGAGGACCCCUACCACUUCUUCGAGUGGAAGGUGACGUACGGGACCAAGAACAUCUUGGGGACGCCGCAGAAGGUGAUCCUCAUCAACGGCCAGUUCCCGGGGCCUACCAUCAACUGCACCUCCAACAACAACAUCCUCGUCAAUGUCUUCAACAUGCUCGACCAGCCGCUCCUGUUCCAUUGGCACGGGAUCCAGCAGAGGAAGAACUCGUGGCAGGACGGCUUGCCGGGCACCAUGUGCCCGAUCCUGCCCAACACCAACUGGACGUACCACUGGCAGCCCAAGGACCAGAUCGGCAGCUUCUACUACUUCCCCAGCAUCGGCAUGCAGCGCGCGGCGGGAGGCUACGGGCUCAUCACCGUGCACAGCCGCGACCUGAUCCCCGUCCCCUUCGCGCCCCCGGCCGACGACUUCCCGGUCCUCGUCGGCGACUGGUACACCAAGGACCACGAAGUCCUGGCCAAGAACCUCGACUCCGGCAAGGGCAUCGGCCGCCCCGCGGGGCUCAUCAUCAACGGCAAGAACGAGAAGGACGCGUCCAACCCGCCCAUGUACAACGUGGAGGCCGGCAAGACGUACCGGUUCCGCGUGUGCAACGUCGGCAUCAAGGCGUCCCUGAACGUGCGCGUGCAGAAGCACAUCCUGAAGCUGGUCGAGAUGGAGGGCUCCCACACCGUGCAGAACACCUACGACUCCCUGGACGUCCACAUCGGACAGUGCCUGUCCUUCCUGGUGACCGCCGACCAGGCGCCCGGCGACUACCUGCUGGUGGCGUCGACCCGGUUCAUCAAGGAGGUGAACACCAUCACGGCGGUGAUCCGCUACAAGGGGUCCAGCGCCCCGCCGCCGCAGCAGAUCCCGGAGAGCCCCAGCGGGUGGGCGUGGUCCAUCAACCAGUGGAGGUCCUUCCGCUGGAACCUGACGGCGAGCGCGGCGCGGCCCAACCCGCAGGGGUCGUACCACUACGGGCAGAUCAACAUCACCCGCACCAUCAAGCUCUCGAUCAGCCACGGCAAGGUGGACGGCAAGGAGCGGUACGCGCUCAACGGCGUGUCGCACGUGGACCCCGACACCCCCCUGAAGCUCGCCGAGUACUUCAACGCCACCAACGGGGUGUUCCAGUACAACCUCAUCGGCGACGUGCCGCCGGCCGCGGGCACGCCCAUCAAGAUGGCCCCGAACGUCAUCAGCGCCGAGUUCCGCACCUUCAUCGAGGUGGUGUUCGAGAACCCCGAGAAGAGCAUCGACACCUUCCACAUCAACGGCUACGCCUUCUUCGCAGCCGGCAUGGGACCGGGCACAUGGACGCCGCAGUGCCGGAAGACGUACAACCUCCUGGACACGGUGAGCCGGCACACCAUCCAGGUGUACCCGAGGUCGUGGACGGCGGUGAUGAUGACGUUCGACAACGCCGGCAUGUGGAACAUCCGGUCCAACCUCUGGGAGAGGCACUACCUCGGCGAGCAGCUGUACAUGAGCGUCGUCUCGCCGGCGCGGUCGCUCAGGGACGAGUACAACAUGCCGGAGACCAGCCUGCGCUGCGGCAAGGUCGUCGGCCUGCCGAUGCCGCCGUCCUAUGCCGCCGCAUAGAUCGCCGCCGGUUCCCUUCACGAUGGCCCGCCCGGCGCACGGUGCUGUACCUACACAAAUUAAAAGGAGCAAGAGGCCGGAAAGAGACUACAUUUUCCCCCCGUUUCCCUUCCCUUUUUGUCCCCCCUCCACGUUUCUUCUUCCUUCUCUCGACUCGUCCGCUGCUUCAUUUUUCGCUUCCGAGGAAUAACUAACCAAAGGGGGCUCAUCAACAACACUUCAUGUGGGCACUGAUCACCAGGAGCCAGGAUGAUGCAUGGAAGGUGGCGAGGAGAAUGAAGGAUGGAUUAUUAAUUGUUGGCCAGCUGCGGAUGCAUGCAUGCAAUACCACCAGCUCGAGACGCCCUCUCGAAUCAAUGUCGUAGGGAGUUAAGUUGUUUAAGUAUAUGAGUCUGUCUGUCCAAUAAUAAGUACCUCACCCAAAACACUAUUACCUCACCCAAAACACUAUUCUUUAUUAUAUAUAUGUAUAUGUACAUGCAUAUGUCUCCUGAGUCCUGAUUCAAUUUUGAUGUGUUUCUCUUUCGGUUCCAAACUUGACUUUGUAAGUUGAUAUGUGGAUCAAUAGAUUGUAAUCUCCAUAUAUAUAUGACUUCC